AGUAGCCACAACAUAGCUGAUUAUUACUAUUACUUCUUGAAAGCACGUUGCGGUACAGCUAACGUCGUCAACUGCUGCUGCAGAUACUCAAACCGUUCAAUACAAAGCGCCGUGAUCCAUGAGUUAGAUAUCACCCUCACCCAUCACACACCGUAGUUCGACUACACACACUUGUCUUCCUUUGUUUGCUCUGUAGUACUACUAUUAUUAUCUUUCCGUUGAGAAACCCUGGCACUCCAAGACGAAGAAGCUGCACUAUAAACACCCUUUGCAAAUACACCUCCCCAUACAACUACAACCACCUGUGAUUUUCUUAAAUCACGCCUUGUCUGUUUGUUUGUUUUUCUCCUUUUGAAUUCUUCGUUCUUUGCUGCACGCGGUGUGCGCUGCGUAUACAUCAACAUUUUUGUUUGUCCUGUUGUGUUGCUCUUUGAUUCGUCUCUCUCUCUCCUACCCUUCUCGACUUCUCUUGUAUCUCUUCUCACUAUUAUUAUUAUUAUUAUUAUUCAUCCCUGCCGUGUCCCGCGCUGGGGUACAGCGCAAAAAAAAAAUAAGCUGUUCUGCGGUUGUGUCGUACGGUCGAUGAGUGGCAACGGAGCGGCUACGUAGCUGUGGCACGUCUUUCUCAUUUUUUAUUAUUAUUAUAUAUAUUUCUAGCCUUCGCGGUGCCGCCGCGCACGCUCCGCAUUCUUCUUUCUCGGAGUUUGGUGAAGACCAAAAGCAGAAGAGAAAACCCCGACAAGAGUCGAAAAUGAAGCCGUCAAAAACAGUCGCUGCAACGGCACCGUCGCGGCGUCGCAUCAACGCGUUCAGCGACGUCGACAUCAAGAAGCCGAAGGGUGCCACCGUCCACGUCGACCCCCCGCGGCCACCGCGGCAGCACUCUCACGCGUUGAAGCAACUUCCCCUUCUCACAAAAUCGAACUCGGCCGCCGUCGUCGACGGAAAGCAGCAAGAGGCAGAGCAGCAGCGGCAACAACGCGUGCCCCCGCUCACGGGGGCCGUCGCCACGGAUGUCCCGCGAUUGAUCGCACCGCGGCCUUCUGGUAAUGGCCCCAGCGAGGGCGAGCUUUCCCCUUCCUCCGCACCAAGCACAACGGCGAUGCGUCACAACGAAGGACGGGGCAGCUCGGCCGAUGCCGCGGUGGCGAAACGGUCGGUGUCCAUUCAAGAGCCGCCCAGCGCACAGCGGAAAACACAGAGUUUCAUGACACGUGCGGAACAGGAGGAGAUGCGCAUGCGUGAAAUCAAGCGGCUAAACAAGGUAGAACAAGAGAAGGCGCAACCGAGGAAGGCGACGAACGCGGCGGAGAUUGCCGCGGCAGCAGCCGAUGCCCGCCAGCAACUCGGUCAGCCAACCUACGUGGCGAUCACAGCGCAGAAGACGUCCGCGGAGGCCCAGUACGAGGCGGCGCAUCAUUACACGCACCUCGUGGCGGAUCUGCAUCAGCGCCUCGGAAUCCUACCAGCACCGCAGCCGCAGACGCAACGGACGCCAGAGGAGAACGGCGAAGCGACCGCAGCGGCGCAGCGUCGGCUCGCACCGCCCGCCAACGUGGUGGAGAACGUGGCCGACAAGGUGCUCGCGCUGCGGCGGGCGGAGAUGGCAGAGAUGGUGGCCCGCCUGCGGCGCCUCCUCGCAGAGAGCAACGUAACGUCGACGGCGGGCGAGAUUCCGAUUAUUCCGGCCGGCGACCUCACCGGCACUCCGUGUCCCGCGUGCGACUUCUGCAUUGAUAUGACCUCGGAGGAGACGAUUCGGACGUAUCUCGUACCCGUGCUGCAGGCGCUGGCCGCGGAGCGAGUCGUGAUGCCGAUGGCGGGGCGGCGCGGCAGCGUUUCCGUGACGAGCGCCGCGGCCUCGUACGGCGCGACCACGUUAGACUCCUUUCGCGUGCACAGCAGCCGGAAGGCGAACCACUCGGUGGGGAGUGGGCAUCGCGAAGGAUCCACCGGCGGCUCUCCACCGCAACAGCAGCAGCAGCAGCAGCUGGCGGUGGUGGGGGAGUCGCCGGAGCCGUCGCGCUACGCCGUUCCUCGUUGUUUCCGCCUCGAGCUUGUCCCGUUUGGCCUCCGCCGCGUCGCCCUCCACGUCUCCGUCCACGCGUACUUGACGGAGCACUUUUACAAGGCCCACGCACAGCGGCAGGAACGCCUCUUCUCCCUUGCCCUCGACCCGCCCUACCCGGAGAACUGGGAGGCGUGGACGGCGGCGGACCGGACACGGCUGCUCUAUCACGUGCUGGACGAUCUUCUGCACGGCGGCCCGCACCCGCCCGUGCCGUCCGCCACGGAGGACAUCGUUCUCUUCCCAGCACACAUCGACGCCACGCGCGAUGCGCUCUGGAAGAGCGUGUGGACGUUGCGCUCGCUGACGCAGCUGCUGACGGUGCCGGAGGACGCCAUUGCGAGUUACUUGGGCCCCGAGGUGAUGUUUUACUACGCGUGGAUGAACCACUACGCUCGCUGGUUGCUCGGCGCAGGCGUGUUGGGCGUUGUCGUAUCGCUGCUGAGCUCUGUGCGGCUUGUCGACCCGGUCGUGUUGUCUGGUGCGUACGCAGCGCCCACCUCAACCUUCACGGCUGUGCACUUCACCAUUCGCCGCUACCUGCAGCACGGUCUCGACGCCACCCUUCUCCCGCUUUUCAUCAUUGCCAUGAUUAUUGGCAGUGUGCUGUGCAUCAAGACGUGGGAGCGGCGGUGCAGCUUCCUGACCAUGCAGUACCACCUCUUCCAGCAGGAGGGCCGCGACGAGCCACGCCGCGACUUCCACGGCACCCCGGGCCGCAACCCGGUCACCGGAGAACCGCAGCUGAUCUACCCUGCGUGGUACCGCGCAGCCGUGCUGCAACCUCUGGCCUGGGCGAUUGUGUUUCUCUUCAUGGCCGGCACCAUCGCGGUGAUGGUGUGCUCGCUGAACCUCGAUGGCAUGGUGGGUGACCCGUCCAGUCGUCUCGCCAUUUCUCUCCUUCGGCAGUACACCAUCAACGGCAACGUCCUCGACGCCGCGGUGCACCCAUACAUGGCGAUGCUGCCCCGCAUCGGCUACUCCGUCUGCAUCGCGGUGCUGAGCUUUCUGUUUACGGAGCUCGCGACGUGGCUGACACGGAUGGAGAACUACCGCUACCGCGGUGAGUACGUUCGCGCCCUCACGCUGAAGCGGGUCGCCUUUGAAUUUGUCAACUCCUACGCGAAGCUCAUCUUCGUUGCAUUCGGCCGCUGCAGCCUACCGGAGCUGGCUUCGAAUCUGCAGUCCAUUCUGUACGUGGCCGUGCUGAGUCGUUUGGUGACCGACACAGUUCUCCCGUUCUUUGUCACGCAUCGUCGACGUGUCGCGCGCCGCAUCGUGCAGCACCAUGAGGCGACGAGGGAGGAGAGGAAAGAGGCGGGCAGUGCCGACAAGAACCCGCUAUCCUCUGCAUUAGCCGCAACAACAGCUAUAGCAGCGGCGGCGGCAGCAACAGCCACAACGGAGACGCUGCCGUCCGCCGCGCCGGCGACGCACGGUGGCGACGCCGCAUCUCCGCUGGACGAGGUGGAUGAAAUGUUGGAUCCCUACGACGUCUACGUGGACUUCGUUGAGAUGAUUAUUCAGUUCGGCUACAUCCUGCUCUUCGCCGCCGCCUACCCUCUCGCCUCCUUCGUCGCGCUGCUGUCGAACAUCGUCGAGGUGCGCUCUGACCUAUUCAAGAUGUGCUACGUCGUCCGACGGCCGGUUCCGCGGCUGGGGCUGCAAGAGAACGCGACGUGGUGUGGCGUCAUGCGUGUGUUUGCGAUGGCGGCUGUUAUCACGAACACGUUUCUGCUGGCGUUCACCUCACAUCAGAUGGCGCGGUGGUUCCCUGCGUACUUCGCGACGAGCAGCACGCCCAUCGCCCUCCCGCUCGGCUCGAUGAACGACAUCGCGCGGGUGAACGACGCCACGACGAGUGCGGCGAGUAUGGCCAGUUUGGCGAACAACGCAAGCGUCACACAAGUUGCCUUUGACAUGAUUCCCGGCAGCGGUCGCAUUGUGGUGUUCUAUGCCGUGGUGAUGGAGCACGUAAUGGGGCUGGCGGCGGUGUUCCUGCUCUGGCGCAUCCCCUCCACCCCACGGGCCGUGCGCCAUUACAAGGAGCGCAGGCUGUACGAGCGCAUGUCCCGCUGCUAA